AUGACCAUCGACACUCUCCGUCGAUUCUUCCUCCCAUGUUUCUUCCCCACAAAGCAACCACAACAACAAAACCCCGCGUUCUCAACCACCAAGAACCGCCCCAGCACAACCACGGUAACAACAAACCCCUCUUCACCCUCCACCUCCUCCUCCUCCUCCACCGCCACAAACACCGCAGCCCCACCACGUCCCUCAAAAUCAAUGGUAAUCGGAACCAUCUUCGGAAACAGAAGAGGACACGUGUGGUUCUGCGUCCAACACGAUCGCCUCUCCCCCAAGCCCUCACUCCUCCUCGAACUCCCUCUCUCCACCAACCACCUCGUCCGCGAAAUGCGCAACGGCCUCGUCCGAAUCGCCCUCGAGUGCUCCUCCCCCACGCGCCCCCACCUCCCCCUCCGCUCCGUCCCCCUCUGGACCGCCUUCUGCAACGGGAAAAAAACGGGCUUUGCCGCUCGCCGACGCGCCGGCGACCGCGUCCGAUCCAUUCUCCGCACCAUGCACUGCGUCACCGUGGGCGCCGGCGUCAUUCCCUCCGCCUCCGGCUCCGCCUCCGAUGAACUCAUGUACAUGCGCGCCAACUUCGAACACGUUGUCGGUAACGCUGACUCCGAGUCGUUUCAUCUCAUUAACCCGGACGAGUGCCCCGGUCAGGAACUCAGUGUUUUCUUGCUCCGAUCCAGACUCGGUGCCACGCGUUAA